AUGAAGUUCACCACCAUCGCCAGCUCUAUCCUCCUCAGCAGUCUCGCUGCCGCCGACGACAUCCAGUCCAAGCCCUUCAAGCUUGUCCUCGACUCUGAGGACGGUAGCAUCAACGGCAAGACCAUCUCUUCCUGCCACUCCGGCGCUGCUAUCGAGGGUCUUUGCAUCGGUGAAAGCGCCCCCGACGCUUACAGCACCUACUACCUCAACACCACUCAGGGCAGCACUGGUAGCCCCGUUCAGGGCUACAGCGACUCUGGAAAGCUCGUCUGGAACCUCCCCGUUCAGGGCCAGGCCGAGUCCGAGGCCAUGGAGUUCUACUACGACCCUUCCACCAACGUCGCACACCCUCUGUUUGAGCCUUCCUACACCGCCACCUACGUCGCUUUCAGCGACGAGGACAGCGAGAUGGCCAUCUUCAGCUACGUCGACGACACCGUCAACCCUCCCAAGGCCGGCCCCUUCAAGGCCCUCAAGCAGUGGUACGCCUGCACCACCUACUACAGCGGCUACAGCUACUUCACCCUCAACUGGGCUGUUGGCAACGGCAAGCCCCAGAACCCCAGCUGCGUCAAGACUGAGGUCAAGCGUGUCUUUGUUUAA